CGGAAAGAGACGCUUUUGUUUGCUUUUGCUCUGUUGCUAUCAAGUUGCCCACGUGAGAAAAGUGGUGAUUAUUCAGAUGGGGAGCCGCCAGCCGGUCAAAACACAUUGUUGACUUAUGGUUUACAUGUAGACACUCCCUGUCCUCAGACAUCAGAAGCAGCAGCAGCUGUUGUUCAGAGCUGUUUUAAUCUAAUUAGGUGGGGGGCGCCUUUCAGGAUAAAUAUAUCAUAUCAUUAAGAAUGGGACUUUAAAACUCAGGGUGAAACCACAAGGGCUAAGCAAAAAAACAAAGCCCAGAAUCCCAAAGCAGUUAAAAAGUGUAGGUUGUAUAGUAAGUACACUGUAAUCUACAAGCAAACAAGAAGACAAACACAAGGGGCCAUUGGAGGCAGACAUUUCACAUUAUUAGUGCAAGGCCCUUGUCUUGAAUCAGUUUUUUUCUUCUUCCUAUUCUUAUUCUCAUAAGUUGCCUGGUUUGAAGGAUUGAUGAUGAUAUAGAAUAGAAGUGUAUAUCCGUGUUGGGAGAAUGCUAUAGUGAAGCAGAGGAAUGUGUGUGGCUGUGCCGAUGGCUAUGGUUUCUUCUUCUGGAACAGAUGCCCUAGACCGAAACAAACUCAUUAAAACCCAACUGGAGGCACUUGUACAGAGCAUCCAGUGGACAUACUCCAUCUUUUGGCAGCUUUCUCCCCAAGAAGGUGUACUGGAAUGGAGCGAAGGAUACUACAAUGGAGAUAUAAAGACGAGAAAAACAGUGCAGCCCAUGGAGCUGAGCCCUGAGGAACUUUGCUUACAGAGAAGUGUGCAAUUGAGAGAGCUUUAUGAGUCUCUCUCUGUGGAAGAAACAAAUCAGCCUGCAAGAAGACCCUGUGCUGCCCUCUCGCCCGAGGAUCUCACUGAUACAGAGUGGUACUAUUUGGUCUGCAUGUCCUACACUUUUGCCCCUUCUGUCGGACUACCUGGACGAGCAUUUGUUAAGGGACGUUUGGUGUGGUUGUGCCAAGCUAAUGAAGCUGAUAGUAAAGUUUUCCCUCGUGCCCUUCUUGCUAAGAGCGCUUCAAUUCAGGGUUUAUAUCUUGUUGCAGACUGUCGUAUGCAUUCCUCUCACAGAUGGUGUAUUGGAGCUCGGUGCGACAGAACUGGUGAGAGAAGAACCUGUUCUUGUCCAACACAUGAUGAGUUUUUUUAGGGACCAUCAGAGAUUAAUGUGUUCAGAUCAAUCAGCUUCCAGUCCACAUGCCUCAGACAGAGACGAAAAAGAUCAAGUGGGAUUGCUUCCAGCUUUGUUACCACCUGACACUGUGGUAUGCGUAGCUCGGAAUAAUGGUGGAUCUUCUGUUACAGAAUGUGGACAGUUUCUACCAAAUUCCGAAAAUUUGCCACUUCCUUUGCAAACAUUUGAUACAAAAGACACCGAUUUUCCACAACUCAGAAAUGAAUCAAUGCCAGUAGAUAUUUGUGAAGACUUCAAGACAGCACAUCCUGAAGACUGUUCUAAUAUUCCUGGUCCUGAAUUUUCCUUGGCAAGCAGGAACGAUUCCUUACAGGUUCUACACAAGCAGCAAAAUGGUGACCAUGUGAAUGUAGAUCCAACCUCACUUGAAAGUUGGGCAUAUAUGCAGGAGGACAUGAGUCAUGGACUACAGGCAUCUGGUAUUUCAAGUGAGUGUAUAUCUCAGUCCAUUGUUGACCCUCAGCUAUGCACUUAUUCAGAGCCUGAGAUGCAUGUGCUUCUGGGAUUGGAUCAAAAUUCAAAUGCCUUUAAUACCAUUCUGGAAUCAGCACCUCAAUCAUCAGAUGACACUCACUAUUCUCGGACAUUGUCCAGUAUAUUAGAGCAACAAGCCAGUGAAUUGACAAAAUUGAGUGUAAUCAAUCCAAAACCCACGAAAAAUGGGCACCCACAACUUGUUCGUCGGGGUUGUUUUACAAAAUGGCAAAACAAAAGCAACUGUGUCUUUGAUGGGAAGGCAGUGAUUACUCCCCAGAGGCUACUGAAAAAGGUCUUGCUUGGAAUCCGUUAUCUUCAUAGUAGAUACAAAGACCAAAUUUCACUUGAUUUCAUGGAAGACGACAUAGAUAGCAAAGUAGUGGGUCGUAGAAUUGUGCAGGAUGAUCUGAGUAUUAGCCAUGUAAUAGCAGAGCGCAGGCGGAGGGAAAAAUUGAAUGAGAAGUUUGUAACUCUCCGGUCUUUAGUUCCAUUUGUUACCAAGAUGGACAAGGCAUCAAUCUUAGCAGAUGCCAUAGAAUAUCUGCAGCAACUUAAGAGGCGGGUAGAGGAGUUGGAAACUUCCAACAAGCAAAUGGAAACAGAAAUCAGUACCAGAAAUCCAAAUUCACUAAAGCGAUCGCGUACGGAUGACAGAAUAGGAAGACAUGAUGGAAACAUAGACAAUGUGCAAUGUUUAGAUGAGGAACUCAGCUGGACCUUAACAGACACAAAGCCACCCUGUAAAUUUCCAAGACUGGAGAACGGGAAAAUCUGUGACCUUCAAGGAUCCCGUAUAAAUAGUUAUGCAGCUUCAGAUGUGCAGGUUUCUCUCACUGAACAGAGUAAAGUUUCAAUAGAUAUACAAUGUCCUAGGAGAGACGAUGUACUCCUCAAUUUAAUGCAGGCUUUGAGUGCUCUACACUUGGACACAUACUCAAUCCAAUCUUCAGUGGUGGAUGAUAUGCUUCUUGUAGCACUUAAAGCUAAGAUCCGGGAAUCCAUGGCUGGUAAAAUAGUAAGCAUUGCCGAAGUUAAAGAAACAGUCGAGUGCAUUGCCUAUAGGGGUUGAACUGCUGUUGCUGUAAGCUGUAUUUAUGAAGUUCAGUUGUGGCCGAAAUUUACAAAGGCGAAAAGAAACAAUGCAAUGCAUCCCACAGGGUUGAAACUUCUAUGGCUUGGCUUAUCAGAAUGCAUACAUACUAGUAGGGGAAUACAUCAAGCUAAUUGUUUUUCCUUUUGAUCUUUGCUUGUAUGUAUGAAGUAGAGUUCUACUUGAAGAGUUGCUGCAAGAGGAGGUUCUAAGAUUUUCAUCAUCUAAUUUUGGAGCAUCUAUACCACUUAUUCAAGAUUUUACAGGGGAUUAGCAGGUGUUUUAGUUAACUGUUUCUGUCCUCUUAGGCUGCCAAGCCAGAGUUUUAAUGAUUGUCUUUUGUGUAAAUUAAUUAUAUGUAUUGGGGUUUAAUGUAGUGGCUAAAAAAGAUAUUUAGGUGGGUGCAUAUCGACACCCACUUGGUUCAACAUGCCUGUUUUGGGCGGCAACUUCAUCUGAAAGCUAUGUAAAUUGAAGGAGUUAAGCUUGGAUUAUUGAAAAAUGUAAAAAUUUGUGUGCAGCCUGCCUAUUAUUACAAUAGUUGAACAUAUCAGUGCUUCAAUAAUAUACAGAAAAGAAAAAGAGUUCCUCUCUUCU